UCGAACCGUACAAGCGGACCGAACUUUGCCCUUCGAUCUUGCCUUUCGAAAAGAGAGAGAGAGAGAAAAAAAGAAGAAAGAAAAAAGAAAAAAGAAAAAAAAGGAAAGAGAAGGAUAAGCGAAAAAUAUCGGAAGGAUAUAUAAGGUUAUCGGAAUGGGUGUUUUCGUGGCUCAUCCUGCGAUGAAAAGUCGAUCGGUCGAGAGAAGAGGAUCAACACCUCUUUUCGAAACGUAGCGGCCCAUCCCUAGGAGGCGAAGCUCGAUCAGCGCCUGCGCCCCGCUAAAUGCCACUAUAAGAAUCUGACCGGCGCUCGUAGGGACUCAGUCCACCCCGUGGUAUACCGGUGUCGCGUUCCCCGUUUCGUUGCAUCUUCCUAUUCUGGGAAUCCCUUUCGUGGACCAGGAGACGUUGUCGCUAUGUUGUUUUUCGUACAUCAGUGACAAAGAACGAACGAUAAGGCGAGCGACUGAGUGGGUCAAGAGAGAGAGAAAGAGAGAGAGCGAGAGAAAAAUAAGAGAGGGCGGAGAGGGUGAAUGACAGAGAGGGAGAGAGCGAGCGAGCAAGGAUAGAAGGAUAGAGAGAGAGAGUGUGUGUGUUCACACUCCCUCGCGCGCGCGAUACAGAAGGAAAAAAGAGUGGAGUGCGAGAAAGUGCGGAGAUUCGUAGGAAGAAAAAAAAGAGAAAGAAAGAGAAAGAGUGGUAGCGCGUAACAGAGAGAAAAAGAGGUUUCCUUUCUCUCCAGUUUUCCGUGAACCUGAUAGACAGGACAGCAUCCCGUCAACGUCAGCAGCGACGUCGGCAUCCUGGACUAUCAACAUAUUAGAAAGCAAUUUAAGCUUUCGCGAACACGAUGAGUGUGGCGAAAAUUUUAACAUGGAUUUCGUGUUCUCUCGUUGUAUGCGAGUGCCACAUUCGGAAGGGGCGCGAUGAAGAUGGCUCGAAGCUUAUACGUAUCAAUGGUGACGUUAUCCUCGGUGGAAUCUUUCCUAUGCACGAACAGGUGGCAGGUUCCAUCGGUCAAUCACCAUGCGGUGCAGUGAAAGAAGAGAAAGGGAUGCAACGUUUGGAGGCUAUGUUGUACGUUUUGGACGAGAUAAAUUCAGACGAUGAUUUAUUACCUAACACCACCUUGGGCGCACUUAUUCUCGAUUCUUGCAGUAGUGACACUUAUGCGCUUGACCAGAGUAUGGAAUUUGUUAGAUCCUAUAUGAAUCAAGAUAUAUCCGAAUAUAAAUGUGAAAAUGACAAACCACCGAUGUACGUGCCCCAUAAACCUGUCACAGGUGUUAUAGGAGCCUCCUUCAGUGUAGUCUCCAUUAUGGUAGCCAAUAUUCUGCGAUUAUUCAAGAUACCACAAAUAAGUUACGCAUCAACGAGCACAGAAUUGUCGGAUAAGAGUCGUUUCGAAUAUUUUAGUAGAGUUGUACCACCAGAUAAUUUUCAAGCUCAAGCCAUGGUGGAAAUCAUUCAUCAACUCGGUUGGAAGUACGUUUCCACGGUUGCGGUUGAAGGUGAUUAUGGAGAGAAGGGAAUUGCCAGUUUUAUCUCAUUAUCAAUGGAAUAUAGUGUCUGCGUAGCAGUUAGCGAGAAAAUCUUGAGAAAUGCAAAAACCGAAGAUUUCGAUAAAAUUGUUGAACGGCUUAGUUCGAAACAUAAUGCCAGAGGUGUCGUUUUAUUUGUCGAUGAGGAUAAUAUAAGAAAACUUUUACAAGCAACAGUUAGAGCCAAUCGUACAGGCCAUUUUAUGUGGAUAGGUAGCGAUUCAUGGGGUGCUAAAGUAUAUCCAGUAAGAGAUCAGGAAUUCGUGGCAGAAGGUGCAAUCACAAUUUUGCCUUAUAGAACAUCUCUUCAAAGUUUUGACGAUUAUUAUUUAAAUCUUCGACCAAGAGUUGACAAUGAAUGUGAUGGUCAAAGUGAAAAUAACGUACCACAUAAAGAAUUGCCCGGAAAAGUAGUGAAUUGUCGAAAUAUUUGGUUUCGAGAAUUUUGGUCUCAACAUCACAAAUGCAGUUUUAAUGCAAACUUGUCAGCUGGUAUGACGCGUUGUACUGGUACGGAAGAAUUAAUUGACUACGAGCAAGAAGGAUUGGUGCCAUUUGUCGUUGAUGCAGUUUAUGCAAUGGCACAUGGUGUUCAUAAUUUAAUAGACGAAGAAUGCGUGAAUAAUGGCAAAACUGCUCAUUAUUUGUGCGAAGAUCUUCGUUCAGCACCGGAUGGUCAACAACUUCUUCAACACAUUCGAAAUGUUAGCUUUAUUGGUCGCCAGGGUACUGAAAUUAAAUUUAAAUCUGAUGGUGAUGCAUAUGGAUUUUAUAAUAUAUAUCAAUAUCAAAGAAAAGAAGAUGGCCGUUUUGAUUAUGUUCUUAUUGGAACAUGGAAAGAGGAAUUGACACUUGAUAUUAAUAUAACAAGAUGGGCAACAGGUGCUGGAGAAAAGCAUAUUCCUCGAAGUUUGUGCAGUGAUAAUUGCCCUCUAGGUCAUGUACGCAAUUUUCAGGAAGCCUGCUGUUGGAGUUGUGUGGCGUGUCGUGAAGACGCUUACGUCUUUAACGACACUUGUCGCAGUUGUGGUCCGGGAUAUGCUCCAGAUGAAACAAUGACAAGUUGCAUCAAACUUACAGCAGAAGUUAUUCCAUGGACUAGUCCUUGGGCAUUGGUACCAUUAAUAUUCGCCUCAAUUGGCAUACUUAGUACUUUAUUCACAACUGUAGUGUUCAUUCGCUUCAACCGUACUCCUGUGAUUAUGGCAUCAGGACGUGAGUUGUGUUACGUAUUGCUAGUAGGAAUUUUAUCGUGUUAUGGUAUGAGUUUUGUAAUAUUAAGCAAACCAACUGUAUGGAAUUGCACAUAUCUGAGAAUUGGACUUGGCUUAUGCUUAAGCAUUUGUUAUAGCGCGAUAUUAACUAAAACAAAUCGAAUAUCACGCAUUUUUAACCAAGGUACAAAAAGUAUAAAAAGACCUUCUUACACAUCACCGAAAAGCCAAGUUGUAAUCGCAAUCGGGAUCACUGCAGUACAAUUAAUUGGUGUUAUUGUUUGGUUAAUCAUUGAACCACCGGAUACUACAGAAAUCCAUCCAUAUCCAUUGUCAGCAGUACUCACGUGUCGUGUUUCCACAUUUUCCCUAAUGAUGUCACUCGUCUACAAUAUGUUUUUAAUACUUAUGUGUACUUUAUAUGCGUUCAAAACACGUAAGAUACCAGAGAAUUUCAACGAAGCGAAAUACAUUGGUUUUACAAUGUAUUCUACAUGCAUUGUAUGGUUAGCUUUCGUACCCAUCUACUUUGGCUCAAACAAUGAUUAUAAGGUACAAAUAGCAAGCAUGUGUAUGUGCAUUAAUAUUUCCGCGUCAGUAGCUCUCGGUUGUCUCUUUACACCAAAAGUAUAUCUAGUACUCUUUCAACCAUAUAAAAAUGUUCGACCUGGACAUACUAAUACGAGUGCACUUCAAAGUGGUAACCGUGGAACAUACAGCAUGCGAUUUUCUGGCGGUCGUAGUCAAACGAUGCAGAGCAUGACCUCCUGUUCUCGAAGCAGUCCACCGGUAUCACGUCCAAGCCAGGACGAGGUAAAACAUGCCAACGAGUAUCAGGCCAGAACUCAUGAGACUACCGUGGAGAUAUACGACGAUGACGAAGAAGAACGCAAGCUCUCCACUAUCCAAGAAGUGUCAGAAUCAAGAGACAUUUCCAGUCCUUCGAUGUUCGCUGAAAAUUGCCGAAAUCGAAGUCGGAAAUCGAUUUCCAGCGAUUCUGAUCAGUCGGGCGAUCCAGUACGUAAAAAUCGCAUGGGAACAAUCAGUUGCAUCUCCGACAAAGUGGUGUGUUAUAAGACAGAAGCAAACAUUUUUCCCAGCGAAGAUCAAACAUUCCACGUCUACAGCGAUUCACCGACUUUUUCCGAUUUUUCAUCAUAAAUCACGACAUUUAAUGUCAAGGUAACGAAAAAAAACUGUCAUUUUUAAUACGUGAAAAUUAUUUAACAGUGCCAAGACGUCUUUUUAGCCUCGCAUUUGUUCUUACAAAGACAAAUUUAGAUAUACAAAUGUGUAUAUGCAAAUGUGAAAUUAAUGAUCAAAAUAUUUAAAAAUCAAAUAUUUAUCUUUUAUAUAGAAAAGAUUUAUUUUUAAUUUAUUUAAUAUUAUUAUAAUAUUAUUUUUGAUUUUCUUCUUGACUUUUGUCAAUAAUUUAUUUAUUUAUUUAUUUAAGUUUUAAACUAACACUAGUAUUAUUAAUAUUAAUAUUUUUAAUAUUAGUGCUUUAUAUAGUAUUUAUAUAAAGUAAAAGAAUAUAAUUAAUGUUACGUUGCUUCAGUAAACAAAGAUAAUAAUAUUAAUUAAUUAGUUCCUUAUAUUCUUAUAUUAAUUAAUUAGUUCCUUAUAUUAUAUAGUAUUUCUUAGAAAUGAAUAUUGCAAUAUUUCGUAUUAUAAUAUUCAAUCAAAAUUUAUGACACAUGUACAAAAAUAUUUAUACUUGUUUUAUAUUAAAUACUACAUAAUAUUAAUUUACUUUAUAAAAAAAGAACGUUUUAAUUAAAAUUUUGAUAGAAUAAUAAUAUAAUAGACAUUGUACACAUUUAUUUAUAAAUUAUUUUACGAAAAUAUUAAAUAUUUUAUUGAUAAAAUUUAUAAUUAUAUUCUUUGAUAUAUAAAAAUAUAAAUUAUAAAUAUCUUUAUUAAAGUUAUAGAAAUAUUUUAUUUUAUUAGUUUUUGAUACAGAUUACUCUAGAAGUACGCAAUAAAUAAAUUAAAUUUUUUUUUAAAACUUAUUAGAAUCUUUUAUACAGAAUAUUUAAAAAAUCAAAUAACUAUUAUAUUAUAACUAUUAUACUAUAUAUUGAUUGGAUAAAUGGUUCAUAAACAUUUGUAAAUCUCUUGAAUUAUUAGACAUAUAAGAUACACAAAUGCAGAUAUUUACAAAAGUAAAUUUCGCUUGAAGUCGUUCGUAAGCAUUUGUCGUUAAACUAUGAAAAACAAUAAUCUCUCAUCUGCUAUGAAUGCACAAAGUGUAAAAUGUGUUAAAUGCACGAAGUGUAUUUAAAGUACCGAUAUUUUUAAAAACAUUUAAAUACAAUAAUUAUUGUAUACUUCUAGUUAAUCUGUAUAAAGAAAUCGUAUUAUCAAAUAAUUUCAUUAUUACUUUCAUUUUAUUACUUCUUAUUUCAUUACAAUUUUAAUUCAAAUUUUUUUUUGUCUAUUUUAAUUUAUUAUAAAUAAUAAUUAUAUUUAAAUAAAAAUAAUAUUUUACAAUUAUGCGAAAUAAAAUAUUCAUUCAAAUUACUAAUAAAAAAUAAAAUAAAAAUAAAGAUUUUCACUUCAGACUGCAAAUAAUUAUUAAAUAUUGUUAGUAUUAUAUAAUCUCAGGUAAUUUCUUAUUGUUUCGUUUUUUUUAUUUAUUUUUUAAAUUAUUAUAUUUAUAUUUUAUAAUUUAUUUUAUAUAUUUUAUAUAUUUUAUAUAAAAUAUUUAUUUUGUUUAUAUAUUUUUAUAUAUUAUAAAAAAUCUUUUUAAAUUAUUAAUCAAAUAUUCUACAUUUAAUGGAAAAAUAAAAUUUUUCCAUGGUAUUAUACCAAAGUUAAUAGAUAAAUAUUACAAUAGUUAGUACAAUAAAAUAAUAUUGGAAAUAAAAUGUCCAAUAUAGUAAAUAAAUGUGUACUUUUACAAAUAUAUAUAACUGCCGACUACUAAACAGUCAAAAUAGUUAUAAAAAACAAAAUUAGAUGUAGGUCGUGUGCGUGUGUAAAUGUGUAUGGAUAUUUGUCUAAACAUGUGCCAACGCUGAGAGAAGUUACAUAAAUAAAUAAAAUAUUGUAUUAUAAAAUGAUUUCGAAUGAAGACAAGUUUGAAAUAAGACGCCAUAUUCACAUUCAAAUAUUUAUAUUAAAUGUAUUAAAUUGUUAAUGUUAAUUAUAUAGAUAUUUAUUUAUCAUAUAUUAUUAUAUAUUGUACAAAAAUUAGAAAUAUAUUAUUUUAUGUACUAUCAAUUUUUUAGAAAAUUGUUUGACAAUUAAGCCAUGCAUUAAGAGUUUAAAAAAGUUUAAAAAAGUUUAAAAAGUUUAAUGAUAUCGCGAGUAUAAUAAAUUAAUUUCUAAAGAAAUAAUUAAUUAUACUCGCUACUAUAUCUUGAAAAUAUUUAUAUACAAUGUGCUUAUUGUUAAAACAUCUCUGAAAAUCAUAUAAAAAUCAAAAUGAUUAAACAUUUUUGGUUGAUUUAAAUUAUUAUUUUUAUUUAUUGAUAAUUAUAAUAAAGUAAAAAACAAUGUAACAGGUUUAUAUUUUAAAAUAUUAAAAAUAUUUUAUGUAAUAUUGCUUUAUUAUUUAAUAAAUUGAUAAAUAGAUAAAUAGAUAAAUUAUUUAAUAUGAGUAUUUAAUUUAAUUCAGAUUAAUUUUCUAAUAAAAUGGAAUAGAAUAAAAAAAUAAUGAACAACCAAAGAUGUUUAAUUUUUAUUUAUCGAUUAAAUGAAAAAUUUGGAUUGUCACAGAAGCAUAGACAACGAAAAUUCUAGAGCCAAUACAAAAAUGUUUCGACGAAAGUUCGAGAUAGUUUAAUAAGCUACAAACAACAAUUAUAAGACUUAAGAAUUAUGCAAUUCUAAUGAUUAUGAAAAUCAAAGAUUAUCCUAAGCCUUUUUAAGGUUCAUCAAUAGAGGAAGAAUUUAUCCAACUUCUCAAUGUGCUUUGGAAUUUAUUACAAUUGUUAUAGAUAUAAAUAAAUGUAUUAUAUAAUUAGAUAACUCAAAUUCGAGUACACCUGAUUAGUCUCUUCUAAUAAUGAAUGCAAUGGUGACCUGAUAGGUAGUUUCAUACAAAAAACAAAGGUCAAUUUAUUCGUACUUUACGUUUUAGAUACAAUAAUAUCCAUGCGUAUAUGAUCCACGAUACUAAAAUGAUAUUAACAUGUUAUAUAGUUUUAAGAAAAAUUCGAAUAUCUAUAAAUACAAUUUAUUGUAUGUUUAUAUGUUUAGAGUGAAUAUGUAUAAAUAUAUGAAACGACAUACAAGAAAAUAACGAAUAUAAAUUAAUAAGUGAAAUAGUGAGCUGUUGAUUAUAAGAUUUCUCAUUUUUCAAAUACAAUUUUAUAUUCUGGUGUCAACCAUGGAAUUAAAUUAUAAUUAUACAUUUGUAACAUAAAAACCUCAAACUUCAUGAUCAAUCAAUAAAUAAUAAUACAAAAAAAAUGAUUUAUUUUAUUUAACAAUAUUUUUAUUAUAUUUUUUUUUAACAUUAAAUAUUACAUCAAAUCGAAUAACAAGAUAUAGAUCAAGAUACAAUAGCUUAUAUUUUAUUUGCUGUGUAGCGAAUAAUAAAUAAUUAACUAUAACUAAAUAUAAAAUAAUUAAUUUUUGAUUAAGAUUCAUUUUACAAUAAUCUAAAAUAUAUAUACAUGAUGUAUAAAAAUAAAAAAGAA